UGGAUUCAGUCUCCACCGACAGCUGAUCAUGGAUAAGGUAGAAAUGAUCCUCACUGUGUCCGGUCUGAUCUACAAGCUGUAUGAAAUGAUUGAGACCACAAAGGCCAACAAGGAGCGCUGCCAUAGAGUUGCAGAGAGAGUCAGAAUCCUGGAGCAACUCGUCUGCACUGUCAAACAAAGGGGGCCUGACCACAUCUCUGACAUUGUUGGCAAGGCUCUGAAUGAGCUCUGGUUUACUCUGCUUUCUGCCAAGGAGCUGAUGAUGAAAUUCACUAAAUCUAAGACUGUGAAAAACUUUGCCCUGUCCAGAGGCAACGAAGAGAGGUUCCUCAAGAUCAAUCAAAGACUUACUGAAAACAUCCAGGUCCUGUCCGCGACUCUGCAGGUCGAACAAGGAAACAUACUCCAGAGAGUCUAUGAAUCAGUUUCAGUUAUUAAUCAGAAUGAUAUGCAACCUCUUGGAACUGCAGCUCUUACACCUCCCCCCUUGCCUACACCCCCGACAUCUCCUCCCAUGCCUACACCCCCAUCUCCUCCCAUGCCUCCCUUUAUGCCCCUCCCAUGCCUACACCCUUAUGCCCCUCCUAUGCCUACACCCUUUAUGCCCCCUCCUAUGCCUACCCCUUUAUACCCCUCCCAUGCCUACACCUUUGCCCAUGCCAGCGUAUCACCCGCCAACUCCCAGACCUGCCCACUGUUUCAUGCCCCCCCCAGUGUCCGUUACCUCAGCUAUCAUGCCUGGGCCGUGCUUCAUGUCCCCAGUGCAGGCAAACCAGAUAUGGGCUCUGCCAUGAACUGGCACCCUGUCCAGGGUGUACCCCGCCUUUGGCCCCAUAUGGCAGAUUGGCUCCAGCUCCACCAUGACCCUCAUGUGGAGGAUGAAGUGAUAGACAAUGAGUAA